GGUUACGUGUCAAGACAGUAGCUAGGAGUUUGUGAAUUUUUAAGUUAGUCUGUAUUUCAAGAACUUUUGAACAAUAUGGAUCUAAAAUAAAAUAGAUUCACCUGUUGGCAGAAGAUUUGGCAUUAAGAUGAACAUUUCUCUGUAUUUUACCUAAUAGUAGUUGUCAUACUGUAGCUGCUCACAGAACUUAAGAGACUGAAUGCAGUCGGUCAUGGGUGUGGAUUGAAAAUGAAAUGACUGACAGGCAUAGCAAUGAUCAAAAAUGAAUUGGUAUUGAUUACUGAUUCAUUUCUUCCUAACAGAGGCAAGAAAUAGCCAGUGUUCUUUCUGAUUGUGGCUGAUGAAGUCAUGGAGAUGUUAAUUUCAGUUGUUGGGCCUAAUUGUAGAAAAACAAACAAUUUUAUGCUAAAAAAAAAAAAGAUUAGUGGGCUGCAUGUGUGAUCCUCCAUUAUCCCAGAAUCACUGACCGUUUAGUUUAAGUUCAUGCUGCAACUUGUGUUGUAUUAAAUGCCAUUAAUACCUUAAUACACAUAGAUUUUCUAAAAUUAAGGGUGAAAAAAAACAAUUUAACUCUGCAGCACAUAUAACACUGGGCCUCAAAAAAGUACUAUAAACAAAUACCCUUCCUUAGUUACCACAGGAAAGGAUAUUUUGACCUAAAGUGUAGAAUAACAUUGUCGGACUUUACAGAGAGCAGUUUGCAAAUUGAGGCUGUUAAACAGUGGGACAUGAUCUGAGUUGUACUUGUAACUGAUUUAAAAUUAAACCAAAUGUUUUUCACCCCUGUCCACUGUAGUGUUUUUGCAAUGAAUGCCUUUGUAGUUAUUGUUAUGCAUGUUUGCACACUGAGGAAUACAACCAGUUCUUGAAUUCUCAUUAAAACAGGAAACACCCACAAUCUUUUCCUAUAGUACAAAAUAAAAGUCUUUGCCAUAUACAACAGUUUAGGCCGGUACAGUUGUUCAUGACAGACACAUGAUUUGAGUAAGCUAUUUUAAUACAUUCAUACUUAAAAUCAGUCCUAUGCUAGUGGUUGUGCCAUCACCGGUAUGUACACAAGUUUUUACAGCAAGCCGUGGUUGUGUUUUUGGUGACCAAACUUUGGUCUACAAAAUGAAAGAUGAGCAUCACAACAAUAUCUUUAGGUGCUGUUUUAGAAGAUAUCUAAUGCACACAUUUUACAAUGUAAUAAUAUUAAGAUUAGUAGAUCUGACAUGACUUAUUCGCUCUUGGUUCCUGAACGUUUCAUAGGAUUUUGAACUUUACGACAGCACAUGAAGGCAGCAUAGUUUAAAGUAGUCGGGAGAUUAGCAUUUUGCUAGCAACGGUCGCUAUUAGUGCCCGACUCCUUACCCGUCUGUGCAGCGACAAAUGACUUGGUUAACCGAUUACCCCUACCGUAGCAUAGACUAAGAGUGUGUGGGUUAUCUAUCACCAGUACAAAUGGAUGUCAGUGACUGUGUUUUAUCGGCGGGUAGAGCCGUGCUGGACAUGGUGGAGCGGGAAUGGCAGCCUCUGUCUCCGGGCGAGCUGGAGCAGCGGCUGGACCAAACAGUGGAAGAGAUCCUGGAAGCUGACCUACUAGCAAAAGUUAAAACACUUUCUCCUCCUGCUUUAUACGUACAGUUACUGCAGAGCACAGCAGACAUGGGGGCCAAAGUUUUGCACACAGGAACCACAACAUCCAGGCCCCAAGAGGAAGAGACAGCAGAGCCCUGGGAGCAGCUGGAUGCAGUGGACAGUGCAGCAGUCAAGUACAUUGCAGACCUGCUUCAAAGCUCCAAAUCCAGGGCUCGAAUGGCUGGACGGGCUCGCUUGUCUCUGUCCCACACAGUCCUGCUGUCCCUCACUCUGCUCUCUAAGCGAGUCAGCUACCGCUCUGUGUCCCGCCGCUUCCACCUAGAGAAGGGAAACAUCCACAGAAUCUUCUUUUCUUUCUGUGAGCGUGUCAAUAUGCUGGAGGAGAAGCAAAUCAGAUGGCCUGUCGGCAGAGAGGCUGUAGAGGCCCUUUUCCCACUCUUCAGUCCAGAGGAUGAGGAGGGGGUGCAGAAAGCUCCUCAGGUCCUGGGAGUUUUGGGAUGCACUCAGAUUCCUAUCCGGUUGCCAAUAGGAAAACAUGACGUGGAAAGCACAGUUGCUGAAGUGAAGAGGAUGAAGAAGGAGGCCCACCCUGACUCCUGGCUAAAUCUUGAGCUCGUUUGUGACCAUACAGGGCAUUUCUUACACUGUAGAAUCAGCAAAGGAUCAGACAUGGACAGAGGCAUCACUCUGAGAGACAAGCUCAAACAGCAUCCUGAACUGAUGCCCCCCGGCUCCUGCCUUGUGGCCCGAGCCGGCUACCCGCUCACUACUCAGAUUUUAACCCCAUACACAAGAAGUCACAGCCUACAAGAGGAGCUCUUUAACAAGACUUUGGAAGAGCAUUUUCAGAUUCUGGAUCAGGCUGUCGCCAACCUGAGAACCAGAUUUCAAAGGCUCAGGUAUCUUGAUAUUGGGAACUAUGAGCGAGCCAGAGCUGUUGUUCUGACUGCCUGUGUGUUGCACAAUGUGUUUUUGGACAUGGGACAAGUAAUUCAAGGAGAAGUCAAGAAAGAGGAACCCAUAAUCCAAGAAGGAGAGGGGGAGGUGGAUGACGAGGGUGUGUGCAGACGUGACGCUAUCUCCGAUUUGUUGUUUAAAAGCUUUGACUCUGAACGGACAUGAUGUGAUGAGGUUUGCUGGUGAGAUUGUGUAAAUGAAAAGUUCUGUAAAAUAAAGGUUUAUUUUAACUGAAUCUUUAGAGUUUCUGUCU